CCUGCGCCCAAUAGACGCGUGCGGGCCGCGGCUUGCGGUUGUGUGCGGGCCCUAGCGGUCCGCCUUCGCGGCGCGUCCUUGUUUCGUGAGACCCCCGGGCACGUGUUGCAUUUGUCUAAGUCAUCAAGUGGAAACUCAGUGAGCGCCUCAACAGGUGCAGCCAUGCAGGAAAACCUCAGAUUUGCUUCAUCGGGAGAUGAUAUUAAAAUAUGGGAUGCUUCGUCUAUGACAUUGGUGGAUAAAUUCAACCCGCACACUUCAUCACAUGGCAUUAGUUCAGUGUGUUGGAGCAGCAAUAAUAACUUUCUAGUAACAGCAUCUUCCAGUGGUGACAAAAUAGUAGUUUCAAGCUGCAAAUGUAAGCCUGUUCCACUUUUGGAGCUUGCCGAAGGGCAAAAGCAGACGUGUGUUGAUUUAAAUUCCACAUCUAUGUAUUUGGCGAGUGGAGGCCUCAAUAGGACUGUCAACAUUUGGGAUUUAAAAUCAAAAAGAAUUCAUCGAUCUCUUACGGAUCAUAAAGAUGAAGUAACUUGUGUAACAUAUAAUUGGAAUGAUUGCUACAUUGCUUCUGGAUCUCUUAGUGGUGAGAUUAUUUUACACAGUGUAACCACUAAUAUAUCUAGUACUCCUUUUGGCCAUGGUAGUAAUCAGUCUGUCCGGCAUUUGAGGUACUCAGUGUAUAAGAAGUCACUGCUGGGCAGUGUUUCCGAUAACGGACUGGUCACUCUCUGGGACGUGAACAGUCAGAGCCCGUACCAUAACUUUGGCAGUACACAUAAAGCUCCAGCCUCGGGCAUCUGUUUUUCUCCUGUCAAUGAACUGCUAUUUGUGACCAUAGGCUUGGAUAAAAGAAUCAUCCUGUAUGACACUUCAUGUAAGAAGCUGGUGAAAACCUUAGUGGCCGAUGCUCCCCUGACUGCAGUCGAUUUCAUGUCCGAUGGAGCCACUCUGGCUAUUGGCUCGUCCCGGGGGAAGAUCUAUCAGUAUGAUUUAAGGAUGCUGAAGCCGCCGGUGAAAACCAUCAGUGCGCACAAGACAUCUGUGCAGUGUAUAGCAUUUCAGUGCUCCGCUGCGCUCACGAAAUCAAGUUUAAGUAAAGGCUGCUCAAAUAAGGCCACAGCAGUGAGCAAACGGAGCAUCUCUGUGAGCUCGGCGGGGGGAGGGGCUCAGAGUUCCGGGGUCGCCAGGGAAGCAGCCCCCGCCACCAGCGCCCCAGUUCUGUCGCAGCCGCUGACGGCAGCUCUGGCCAAAGGCCCCACCGGCACGCAGGACAAAGCAGGUUUGCCUCGAAGCAUAAAUACAGAUAUUUUGUCCAAGGAAACAGACAGUGGAAGAACUCAGGAUUUCUCCAGCUUUGAUGACACAGAAAAAAGUAGUUUAGGAGACAUGUUCUCACCUAUCAGAGAUGAUGUUGUGGUUAACAAGGGAAGUGAUGAGUCCGUAGGCAAAGGAGAUGGCUUUGACUUUCUCCCACAGUUGAGCUCAGUGUUUCCUCCAAGAAAAAAUCCCGUGAAUUCAAGUACUCCAAUACUGCAUUCCAGCCCUCUGAAUGUCUUCUUGGGAUCUCCAGGGAAAGAGGAAAAUGAAAAUCAUGAUCUGACAGCUGAGUCAAGAAAAGCAUAUCUGGGAAAACAGGAACCUAAAGACUCCUUCAAGCAGUUUGCAAAGUUGAUCUCCUCUGGUGCUGAAACUGGAAAUCUGAAUACCUCUCCAUCCUCUAACCAAGCAAGAAAUCUUGAGAAAUUUGAAAAGCCAGAGAAAGACGUUGAAGCCCAGUUGAUACAUGAACCCCCGGUGAACGGGUCCCCAACUCUGAAUCCGAAGAUAGCAUCUUCUGUGACUGCUGGAGUAGCCAGUUCCCUCUCAGAAAAAAUAGUUGAUACAAUUGGAAAUAGUCGACCAAAUGCACCACUGACAACUGUUCAAAUCCGCUUUAUUCAGAACAUGAUACAGGAGACCCUGGAUGACUUUAGAGAAGCGUGCCACCGGGACAUUGUGAAUUUGCAAGUGGAGAUGAUUAAACAGUUUCACAUGCAGCUGAAUGAAAUGCACUCUUUGCUGCAAAGAUUCUCUGUGAAUGAAGGUUUAGUGGCUGAAAUAGAAAGACUCCGAGAGGAAAACAAAAGACUGCGGGCCCACUUUUGAAAUUUCCACGAAUACUUUAACUUUUAAUAAUUUGUUACAUUUCUGGCAACACAGAACUACAUAAAAUCAGUAUUGUGUUCAUAGCCUCGGGGGAAAAUGAUAUUUUUUCAGGUUGCAGGAUGUUGAGAUUUUGUACCAUCAUUUCGUCUUCUCUGUCAAAAAUAUGUAUAUUUUUAUAUUAAAUACUACAACACACUAUCUGCCUUAAAAUCCACAGGAUCUUUAUUUUCUGAAAGCUUUAAUAACUGUACACUAAGUGCCCUUUUCCAUGAGAAAAGGAAAUUGCAUAAAAAUCGGUUGUUUCAUUUUUACCUUUUUUUACUGAUACAUAUAUAUGAUUGACAAAUUACCUCACACAUUGUGGGGUGUAGUUGAGAUUUGAAAGCUUUGAUAUACUUUCUAUUUUUAUGCAGAAAGAAAUUUUAAAAUGAAAUUGUUUUUUUAAGUCAUAGGUGACUAAAACAGAGUUGGCUAAUAAUUAUCUUAUUAACCUGAUGACAUCAAGUGUGACUGUUACACAUGUGAUAAUUUUUGAAAUUUUGAAUGUAAAAAUCUUUUAUUUGUGCUACUGUACUUUUGCUAGUUCUCUACUCUUGCUUGGUAUUUAUUAGCUAACUUUGUGAGAGCUAAGGUAUCUCCUGGUCAUUUUAUGGAUCAGUAACGUAAAUUUAUACUACAGAGUUCGUCACCAUGGCUCAGCUUACAGUCUGAAAAUUUCAUAUUAGAUGCAGAAUAUUACAGUAUUAUUGGUACUUUUUUCCCCCAAGUGAAAAGUCUGGAUUAUUUUGUUCUGUGGUUUGUAGCAUAAACUUGCUAUAAUUCCUUACGUUGUGAAUAGUUUUAAAUUAUUGGCCUUGCCAUGCGAUUAUUUAUAAAGGUUCAUUGUGAAAAGAGUUUCUACUUCCUUGGCAGUGUUUGGACAUAGGCAGCUCCCUGCUGGGAUCUGUGCUAGGAGUGUCAUAAGAUGGGGAGGUCUGCUCACUUGGUCCUGUGAUUGUUGCUUUUUGCCUAGAGACUUAAAUCUGUAUUGUCUGUGUAGCUCUGCUGCCCUAUUUUGGGUUCUGGGUUGAAAAAUGUUUACCAGAACUAAAAAAACAAAACAAAAAAUAGAACAAAACAACACAGACAAUCCUAGUUUAACACACUAAUUUUAUUUUUCCAAAGUAAUGGAAAAUAUUAAUCAUAAAUAUUAGUGAACAUACUAAUUUUUUUUU